AUUAAUUGAGUAAUGACUAGUUUGACUUUGACAAUUUGCACUUGUCAAACGUUCGUCGUGGAAACACUUCGUGCUGAAAGAAAUAUCGAGCGAAAAGAAUAAAAUAUUAUAGAUUUUAUUGCAUAACAGCAAAAAGUGGGUUCAAAGUAUCAUCUAAUACUAACAUAGAAUGCCGGCUAAAGCAGUGUGCGUUCUUCAGGGGGAUGUAAGCGGAACCGUUUUCUUCGAUCAAAAGGAUGACAGCUCACCUGUUGUUGUGACCGGUGAAGUCAAAGGACUGUCAAAGGGUAAGCACGGUUUCCACGUGCAUGAGUUCGGUGACAACACAAACGGCUGCACAUCGGCCGGCGCGCACUUUAACCCGCUGAAGCAGGAGCACGGUGGCCCCGACGCGUCCGUGCGUCACGUCGGUGAUCUCGGCAACAUUGAGGCGUCUGCUGACGGCGACGUCACCAAGGUAUGCAUCCAAGACUCACAAAUCUCCCUGGUAGGAGCCAACAGCAUCGUCGGUCGCACUCUGGUUGUUCACGCUGACCCUGAUGACUUUGGCCUCGGAGGCCACGAGCUCAGCAAGACUACUGGAAACGCUGGCGCCCGUAUUGCUUGCGGAGUCAUUGGACUGGCUAAAAUAUAGAAGAACCCUGUAUUGAACGGCUUGCACCUCACUAGCCCCAACUUUUGGCACUGCACAUCUAUUAGCCAAUAUAUGUUGAAGAAUUAAUCCUGCUAUGGGCUUGUAGAUUAGGUGAUUAAAUAUUCCUAUGGUGCAACCAAUUCUUGAAGCAUUGGUCGUGCUUGUUACUUUAUCGUAGCUAGUAAGUUUAUAUAAAUUAUUCUAUCAAUAGCAUUCCCGGCUAUAUCCAGUGAACAAAUUGUAUCUAUGGUGCAGGAUGUGUAUCUCAUUAUUGCUGUGGCUUUUUAAUAAAUAACUAUUUAAA